AUGGAUGGGUCUCGGAGGGGGUCUCGUGCUGGCAGCCCCGCGAGCGAAGAGCUCAGGAAGAGCCGCAGCCCGUCCCAGCCGCAGCGCAGGAGCCGCGGCACCGCGCCGUCGCGUUCAACAGCGGGAAGAGAAGCGGCUUUGCCAGGGCAAGGCCACGGGGAGAGAGGGCCAACGCUGGCCGCGGGGCUGUGCCGCCCCUGCACGGCAGACGAGAUGAAGCUGCUCCUCCUCCUCCUCGGGCUCGUCGGCAGCUCCGUGCAGAUCGAAGACAACAAGAUCCCCAGGCUGUGCUCGGGGCAGCCGGGCAUCCCGGGGACCCCGGGUUUGCACGGGGGCCAGGGUCUGCCAGGCAGAGACGGACGAGACGGCCGGGACGGGGCCAUGGGGAUGCCGGGGGAGAAGGGCGAGAUGGGCCCACCUGGAGCCCCGGGUCCCCGCGGGGAGGCGGGCAGCCCCGGCGUGGACGGCGUGCACGGCGAGAAGGGGGCGCAGGGCGAGUGCGCGGUGGCCCCCCGCUCGGCGUUCAGCGCCAAGCGCUCGGAGGCGCGCAGCCCGCCGCUGGCCGACCAGCCCAUCCGCUUCGACGUGGUGCUGGUCAACGAGCAGGGCCACUACGACCCGGCCACGGGCAAGUUCACCUGCGAGGUGCCCGGCCUCUACUACUUCGCCGUCCACGCCACCGUGUACCGCGCCAGCCUGCAGUUCGACCUCAUGAAGAACGGGCAGUCCGUCGCCUCCUUCUUCCAGUACUACGGGAACUGGCCCAAGCCCACCUCGCUCUCGGGGGGCGCCCUGGUCCGCCUGGAGCCCGAGGACGAGGUGUGGGUGCAGGUGGGCGUCGGGGACUACAUCGGCUUCUACGCCAGCGUCAAGACGGACAGCACCUUCACCGGCUUCCUCGUCUACUCCUACUGGCACAACUCUGCCGUCUUCGCCUGAGCUCGGGGACGGGGAUGGGGACAGGGGGUGCGUGCCCCUUCCCCUGCCGUGGGCGCCCCGGGGGGGAGGUGGCAGGGUCCAGCCAAACGGGAGCUGGGACGCUCAGCGUCCUCGCCCUGCUCUGCUGCAUCGCCUUGAAUUGGUCAGGAUGCGGCCCCUGGUAGCGCUGUGCAGGAUUUAAGCAUUUUCCUGGGCACCCAGCUCCAGGGCACGAUGCACGAGCUGCAGAAGAAAAAAAAAAAAAAAAAAAAAAAAAAAAAAGAAAAGCGUGCCCUGCGUUUCCUACCAUCGCCCCCUCGGCACGCAGCACCCCCACCGGGCCGGGCUCAGCACCCCGGCCCCCCUGCUGCCAGCUUCUCCCUGCGUGCAGGGCGAGCCUGGGCUGCCUGGCCGCUGGCACGGCGAGGGGCCCAUCCUGCCACGGCCCUGCCUUGCCCCAGGGGUGGCAGCACCCUGCCCGUGACCCCGGUCCCCUGCCCGUGACUCCGGUCCCCUGCCCGUGACCCCGGUCCCCUGCCCGUGACCCCGGUCCCCUGCCCUUCUCCGGCCGCCCCUCUCCUCCUCCCCCCGCAAUAAAAGGGUCCUCAUCCC